UUGGAAACAAGAAGUACAGAAGGAUGAAUAAUGGAGGAUAAAACAAGCAGAUUUCAAGAUGUGUUUGACAUUACAUCAUGAAUCACAUUAAGGGGCAUGGAAGCAUUGACCCCCAGAACAGAACACCCUCCAGGUAUAAGGAAGAACGUGAUGAAGAGAGCCAUGGUGGUGACAGUGAUGAUGAAAUAGCAGAGUUGCGUAUCCAGGCACUACUGAGCAAGAGGGUGAAUGAAGCGGAGGUUUCUCCUGCUCAUGAGCCAAACCAUGAAAAGCAACGAAAUAUAAACAGACCUUUCCCAGCAGAGAGAGCACGGCCAUUUAGACCAGCUCAGGAGCUUGAAAGGAAUCACCAUACCAGCAAUAUAACAAUUAUUCCUGUUGGAGCUCAGAAUUACAAUAGAAACUUCAAUCCCCCUCAUCACCACAUGGGACAGGACAGAAACUUUUAUCAAGAGAGGAAUUUUUACUAUGGACAGAAUCGUGGAUGGCGGGGUAACCGUGGUUUCAAUCGUGGACGAGGGAGAGGACGUGGGAGAGGUUAUGUGGAUAAAUCCUUACAAUCUUCUAAUAUGGUUAGACCCCCAACUCCACAACUUGCACUUCCACAAGAUAAGUAUGUGGAGAAAGCUCCUCCAGAACCAAAUACUAAACCAAAAGAAAAAAUGAGUGCAAGAUGGCGUCGUAUGCAAGGAUCAGAUAGCGAGAGUGAUAGUGAAGACAGUGAAUCUGACAGCAGUGAUAGUAGCAGUGACACCAGUGGCAGCAGUAGUGGCAGCAGCUCUGGAAGUUCUAGUGGCUCGGAUUCAGAAAGUGAUAAUAGUUCUAUAGAUACACGGAAAGUAUCUAAAGAAACCAAGAGAGAUUCAUCACUUGGGGAUAAGAAGUCUGGUCCGCAAGUUACAAGUGGCACUCGACAAAGGCAACAUUCUGGCAAGGGCCUGAUGUCUAAAUCCCCUCCUGCACAAACCUCUGCCACCCAUAAUAUCCCCUCCACUCAUAAAGUAUCUGCUCCAGUUAGAAGAGUAUCAGUUAGUCCACCUCCAAAGAAAUAUGCCAGUGCUCAAGUCUCCCCACGCCAAGCAGUACGGAGAAUAUCAACAAGUCCUCCAAAUAACAGAUCAUGGGCAUCUCCUAAUUCCAAAGCACGUAGCCCAGUGCAUCGUCAAGGAUCUAGGAGCCCUCCACCUAGAACAAGUUUGAGGAGUCCAGUUCCUCAGGGCAGCUCCAGAGGUCUGCCCACUCACUCAAAAUCAAGAAGUCCACCUCCAAGAAGAUCCAGAAGUCCACUUCCUUGGCCUAAAGUAAGAAGUCCCCAGCAGACAUCACAGAGUCCUGGGUUACGGUCAAGGAGUCCCUUUCCAAGAAGAAUUUCUAGGAGUCCUGUCCCAAGAAGAAACUCUCGGAGUCCAUAUACCAGAAGAAGUUCUAGGAGCCCACCUCCUAGAAGAAACUCCAGGAGUCCCCCACCUAGAAGAGGCUCCAGGAGUCCACAUCCUAGAAGAGCCUCCAGGAGUCCACCCCCUAGAAGAGCCACCAGGAGUCCACCCCCUAGAAGAAGUUCCAGGAGCCCACUGCCUAGAAGAAGUUCCAGGAGCCCACUACCUAGAAGAAGUUCCAGAAGUCCACCUCCUAGAAGAACCUCCAGGAGUCCAUUGCCCAGGAGAAAUUCUAGGAGUCCAAUCUUUAGACGAAGCUCAAGGAGUCCUCUUCCGAGAAAAAGUUCUAGAAGCCCUCUACCAAGAAGAAGCUCUAGAAGCCCUUUUCCAAGAAGAAGCUCUAGAAGUCCAAACUCAAGGAUACCUUUGAGAGGUUCCUCCCCUCACAGACUAUCCAGGAGCCCAAUUAAAGGAAGGCUAAAAAGUCCUUUAUCAGGUAGAGGUAAAAGCCCACAAAGAGCAAGAAGUAAAAGCCCAUGUCCUAAAAGAAGGUCAAGAAGCUUGUUACCAAGGCGAAGUCCCUUAUUACGGCGAAGUUCAAGAAGCCCACCUCCUCACAGAAGCUCGAGAAGUCCAUUACCUUGUCGAGUCACCAGGAGUCCCCUACCUCGUAGGGGAUCAAGAAGUCCUCCACUUCGUCGUGUCACAAGGAGUCCACCUCCUCGUAGAGAUUCAAGAAACUCUCCACCACAUAGAACUUCCAGGAGCCCUCCACCUAGGCGACUCUCCAGAAGUCCUGUGCCACGAAAACAUUCUAGAACGCCACCGCCACGAAAAUUGUCAAGAAGUCCUUUUUCGCGCAAACACUCUAGGACUCCUCCACCACAGAAACAUUCCAGGAGUCCUUUGCCACGGAACCUCUCCAGGAGCCCUCCCCCACGAAGACUUUCCAGGAGCCCUCCACCACGUAAACUCUCCAGAAGCCCUCCACCCUUACGUAUUUCAAAGAGCCCUCAUCGACAAAGGCAUUCGAGGAGUCCACUUUCCCACCGACCUUCACAAAGUCCACUCCACAGAAGACUUUCAAGAAGUCCUCCACCAAGACACUUUUCUAGAAGUCCUCAGCCACGACGGCUGUCCCGGAGUCCACUUCGACGGUUUUCAAGAAGCCCAAAGCCUCGUCGGCCCUUAAGAAACUCACCUUUGAGAAGGUUUUCAAGAACUCCUCCUUCACAUCGUCUUUCAAGAAGUCCUCCACCACGACGAAUUUCAAGAAGUCCACUACCACGGCGGAUUUCAAGAAGUCCUGGUCACAUAACUUCAAGGAGCCCAGUCCCUCGACGCCUUUCAAAAAGUCCUCUUCCUUCUGUGAGAUCGAGAAACAUGUCACCUCAUCGUGUUGCUAGAAGUCCAUCUCCUAGACGAAUUCACAGGACCUCGCCUUCCUCACACAAAUCCCAUAGUCCUGGCCAUAGAUUGCCAAGGUUUUCCAGAAGCCCAGCUGUUGAAAGGAAGUUAAAUUCACAUAGUCCCCCAUUUAACAGGAGGAGUGCUGCCUUACCUAUGAGAAGCCAUAGUUCUGUUGAUAGGUCACCUAGUCCUGGUGUCAGACGAGAUUGGGGGCCUAGGGCAAAGAGAUCAAGAAGUCCUGGUGCUUUCAGAAGAUCUGUUAGUCCGUAUGUUGCUAAUUCCAGAAGUCUAUCACCACAUGGCAGGUUAGGAGGCAUGACCUCAGCAAUGGUGGAUAGGUCCUCAGUGGAAAGUGGGUCUCCUAGAGGUUCAUUCCAUAGACCAGGCUUUGUAAGACCUAUUGACAGUAUAGUUCAUAAUGAAAGAUUUUCUCCUCAAGAUGGUAGUACAGUGGUAGGUGGUGGAAGACCUCAUGAUUUCCCACCUGAAUUUGGUCUUUAUCCUAUUAACAGACCACCUCAUAUACCUGUAAAUGGCCUUCAGCCACCUCAACAUUUCGUGGAAUUUAAUGAACCUGUCCCAAGACCUCCUGAUGAACCUGUUUGGCAGCAUCCAGGAAGGCGAGAGUUAAGGGAUCAGUUUUCACCCCAUCGAUUACUACCUGAUAGUCCAUGGGAAGGUCAUUACCAGCAGAGAGAUCGCCCAGGGCCCCCAAUUUUUCCACAUCCCGAACAUAUUUUUGCAGCAGGCAGAGGGCAACCGUAUAAUGCGCCUGGUCAUGGCCGACAAGGACAGGGGAUGUUGAUGCCUCAUGGUAGAGGACAGGGGAUGUUGAUACCCCCUGGCCGAGGGCAGGGCUUCCAUGGGCCCAGGCAUGUGUCACCUCCAGCUCAUCGAGGUAGAUCACCUCUGAGACAUGAACCUCCUGGACGAUUUGAGAAUGAAUUACCACCUCAGGGUCCAAAUGAAAGAAGACAUCAGUUAUCACCCAACAGACAAUUGACUCGAAUUAGAGAAAGGUCACGAUCAAGUUCUCCAUUCUCUGUUAGAUCGCAAGCAUUUCCACAUGCUGGAAGAGGGGGGCCUAUGUCACCUAGAGGGCGAAUUCCCACAGUGCCACAGAACAGGCGAGGGCCAAGAACUCCUCCUAUGCCUGUAGCUAAGAAGAUUUCUCCACGACCAGGGCCAAGGGAUGGACAAAAGACAUUAAGAGGACCGCAUGCCCUGUAUCAAGAGAAUAAAGUACCACUGCAAACACGAAGACAAGGCUCCCCACACCUUCCUACCCAUGAAAGACAACCGCCACCAAAUCGUAGUGGUCCUAACCAACUGCCUCAAAGACGCCCUCUUCUCGGGAACAGCCCUCCUCCAGCAGGGCAUCGUAUUCAAGCUGGUGCUCCACACAAACAGCGAUUGCAGUUGCCAAGGAGUCAUUCUCCAUUCCAGGGUGAUAGAAGGCGAAAUGAAAAACAGCCUGAAGAUGUGAGAGACAGAAAUAGAGAUGAAUCAGGAAGUCAAGGUCAGCAUGAUAGAAAGGAUCGGCGGCUAGAAUCACCAAGGAAAACAGAUAACAGACAAAAAUCUCCUCUUCGAAAUAGAUCUCCAGGUAGAUCUCGCAAUGUGAGGGGAGGCAAUGCAUCAGGUCGAGGCCGAGGAGGUAGAGGAAACAAGCUUCAGAGUCCCUCUUUCCGAAAUCGAAGACAGCUGCUACCUAGAUCUGAAGCUGCUGCUAGCCAGCAACGAUCAAGAAGUCCAGGGGGUCAUUUGAGGAAUGUCACUACUGCCAGCUGGGAAAAGAGAGAUACCAAAAAUGACUCUCGGGUAGAAAAACUGGAUUCAAAUUCUUUGCAGGAGCAGUUCCCAGAAAGACAAGGGCGUAAUGGUAGCCCAUGGCUUGAGCCAGUUACUCCGGAAAAACAAGGGCAUGGCGUACGUGAUCGCUCUCUGUCUCCAACAGGCAGUAUUAAUGAAAAUCCAGCUAAGAAAGUCAAACUAGAUAUAAAGACAGAAGAUGCUACUAUAAAUAAAGGAAGAGAGCAUGUAGAGAAGAAGAUCAAGGAAGAAGUUUCCCCUGAAGAAAUAAAGCAACAGCCAGUUAAAGCAGACAACAAAUCAACUCAGGUGCAAGAGAAACUAGAGGCUCGCCGUAAGAAAUUUGAAACGAAUAAUCCCGUGCCUUCUCAAGAACAUCGAAAAAUUGUGCUGAAAUCAAUUGAACCUUCAAAGGAGGUUGAAGAGGAAAAGAAAAUAAAAGAAGAAAAGCCGAAGGAGGAAGUUGUUGACAAAAAAAAGAAGAAGAAAAAGAAAAAGGCAAAGGAUGAAGAGGAGGAGGAUGAUGAUACAUCAGAAAAGAGCAAAUCUAGUAAGAAGAAGAAAAAGGAAAAGAAAAAGAAGAAAGAAAGCAAAAAGAAGAAAAAGAAGCACAAGAAAAUAGAAAGUGAUAGCGAAGAGGAAGAAAAACAAUCGUCUGUGACAAAAAACACUAAAGAAGUUUCAGGCAAAAAGGACAAUAUUGACUCGACAGAUCUGAGACAUAUGCUGAAGCGGAAAGUGGAUGCACCUGGUGGUGGUGGAAGAAGUGAAAGCAAGUUAAAUGUAACUGAGAGAGAAAUUAAACGGAGGAGGAAAGAUAAAGAAGAUCCAACAAAGCCCAUGAUAGGAAGCAAGAACAGACAAGCAGACACCAGACGGAAAAAGCAACAUGAAGGAAAGCCUUUGCUGGUGACUGUAGGAUCUGGUGAAGAUCGACAAGUCACAUCAGGCAAUGUCCCAGAGACCCAGAGCGAUGAAGGAAAGGCUUCCCAACGCUUGUCUGUCCAUCUUCGACUUGGGCCUGCUAAGACAUCUUGGGAAGACAGUAAAUCUGGCAACACUCAUGGAAGCAGCAGCGGCAGUAGACACAAGAGACGUGACAAAUCCAAAGGGCGUGCCGCUGGGGGAACUGGCAACAGAGUGAAGCUGAGGCGAUGAUCAUUUCAGUCUGCCUGGGAUGCAGGUAACGCACACAUCUCGUUGCUCCUGCUGCUGCACUGGCUCAACUUGGUGUGGAGAGGUCUGGGCUGUAUAUCUGAUUCCAGGCUUGCUGUGGUGACUACAAACUUCAUUAAAAUAGUUGUUGCUGACUGAAUUGUAGUUGAACAGUUGUCAUAGUGUGUGGUUAAAAGAAAUUAUAUGAUAGCUUUAGCUUGCACGAAGUAAUGCAAUCUGAGCAUAGUUGCUGGGAAAUUAUGAUGGUUUCAAAAUUUAUUUUUGAGUUUGCUCUGGAAAUUUUUAAUUCUUGAGUUAGCUCUGGAAAUUUCUAAAUAUACAGUAUAAUACUGUAUAUCUGUAGGCAAAAUUUAUUUUUAACUUAUUUAUGGAUGUUAUUUAGUUAACAGUAAUGUAAAUAUCUGUGAUAAAUGUCUGUGAUAGUGUGGUAGGUAAAAUCUUGCUAUUUCAAACUCAUAAUGUAAAGUAAAUUUUAUGCAGUAUCAAAGUUAACUUAUAUAAAGAUUACCAGUGUUAAAUAUUUUCAUAGGACAUAAAGGAAUAUAAAUAUGGAGUAAAUUCUCAGAUAUAUUAAAAUAUCUUCAUUGAGAGAUUUUAUUAGUGGUUGCAGCAUGCUGUUGUAGUUGCUUAAUGAUAUUUAUAUUUUUUUAUUGCAGGCUUUUCUUAAUAUUUACUUUUCAGGGAAUAUUAACGCAUCUAAAUCUGCUCAAAAUGUGUUCCAAGUUUUGAUUAUACGUUACUUGAAGAAGACUUGGAUUCUCAAUGAUGGGCUUUUGAAAAAAUUAUGGUGAAAAUCUUAGAGAAAAUGUUUUUAAGUGGGUCUGUGAGAACUAAAAUUAAAGGAAAUUGUAGAAAAUCAUAAGAAUUGUGGCUAUUUAUCAUGGAAUGUUUACGUCUCUAAAAAGUAUUAUUGAAGGAAAUUGCAAAGAAUUAUGUAAGUUUUAAGAGAAAAAAAACAUCGUGGUUUGUUACUGCCUACAAGUGUGUUUGAAAUUUGUGCUACUUUAACAGCUGAUGCUUAUAAUUGUUUGCUACGGUUUGCUCACUGUGAAUGCAGGAAUGGAAAAUUUUCUGCACUAGAAGAAGCCAAUAAAGUUCUGUGAAAGGAAAAAAAAGUUUUUUCUAGGAAUGUUUUGUUGCAACAGUGAAUUUCAUGAAACAGAAUUGAAAAAUUUCCUGUAAUGCAAAUUGCUUACAGUAAGGAGCAGUUUACUUAAAUACAAAGGAAGAAUGCUUCCAUAUGUUUGUAUAGCUAAAGUUUUUUAUUGUGUGAUAUUGUCACACACAUUACAUAUACUGCACUUAUGGUCAUUCUGGAAGAGUGAUACUUGUUUUUCACCAGUAUUCAUGAAGUAGAUUGUUAUUUAAGAUGGAUUUUUAUUAUUUUGUUGAUGUGGAAAGUUGGUAAGGCCAUUUUGAGGCAAAAAAUAAUGUAUAUUGAUUUUUUAACUUGUUUAUGUUUAAUUGAAGUGUAUCAAGUGUACGGUACCCUCGUUUUCAUAAUUAUUUUUAUUAUUAUAAUAAUAAUUAUUAUCAUUCUUGUUUGGUUUUUAGUAAGAUAUAUUUGGGAAGUUCAUAGCAUGGGUGGCACCUUAAUAUAUAUCUUUGCUGCCUUACAUAUAAUAUUCUAGUCACACUAUAGACAGUGCACAAUAUUGUGCACUACCUAGGGCUUAGAUUCAAACAAUACAUUUUUCGCAGAAUACCUGUUUAAUAGCAUUAAUUUUGGACCUUUUGCUUUAAGCUGAAGUGCAGUGUGCUUGUGAAUUUUUUUUUAUCCUUGAUCCAAAAUUGAGUUGUUGCUGUUUAGCAUUUUACCAAAUUUACACACUCACUCAAGAAUUGAAUAUUCAAAAAUUUAAUACAGUAUCAUCCAGAAUUUCAUUCACAUUCCAAGCACUUCUACAUAGUACUUGGCUGACAUGACUGACAACUUUCAGCCUAUAGUUUGAAAAUUGAUUGGUCAUUCUUUCAUAAAAUCUAUUUUACUUUAUUAAUUACAAUACAAACAUUUAGUCAAGGUGUAGUUAUAUAAGCAUUCAUCAUUGUCUAGAAUGCAUUAUCUUUUGACUUCUUUGCUGCAUACACUAACAGAAACAUUUACAGUAUACAGUAUUCUUUUGAGAUGAAAAUUAAGUUAUUCGUAAUAUACAAUUUACUUUUGUAUGCUGGUUUUAUCAGUAUUUAUGAUAACUAGAAAAGUACAUCAGUAUUGACUGCUCUGUAAUAUGGUAUCAUGUACUUUUACUGUACAUAAUGGUUUAUGUACAGUAAUUCUUCAACUUGUCGGUUUUCUAAACCAUUCAUCACAUAAUGGUUUAUCUUCACUCAUCCAAGGCCCUGCUUUACAGUGCUCGCUUUAUGGUGAUUCACUAAUACAUACAUUUCAGAAUACAACCAAAAAUUCAUUUAUAUGGCUCCCUGAUUCACUGUUAUAGCAUCCAUGUACCACUCUGUUUGUUUACAUCCUCUGUUAGCUCCACAUCUAUCGAUUAUGUCUGGAAACUUUCCAAAAUUUCAAGUGUUUUAGAGUUAUUGCAUAUUUUACUGUUACUCUGAUAGUUGUACUUAUGUGUACCUGUACCUAAAUAAACUUGCACACUAUACUGGCAUGCAGGAACACAUUAUAAUGACUAGAGUGUCUCGUUAUUGUUGAAGAUGCAGUAAUAAUAUUAAUAAUAAUUGCUCUAGGGGACAAAAGAGAAUGCAAAAAUUAUAGAGAAAAAAGUCUGUUGAGUAUACCUGGUAAAGUGUACGGUCGAGUUAUUAUUGAAAGAAUUAAGAGUAAGACGGAGAGUAGGAUAGCAUAUGAACAAGGAGGCUUUUUGAAGAUAGAGGGUGUGUAGACCAAGUGUUUACAGUGAAACAUAUAGGUGAACAGUAUUUAGAUAAAAGUAAAGAGGUUUUUGUUUUACUACUGUCCUACCAAAUGAGUGUGAAACAUAAGCUUGUAAUUGUUUUGCAUGAUGGUAGGACUCCUGGUCUCUUUUUCUCAUAAACAUGCAAGGUUGCAGGUAUGUCUUGCUACUUCUACUUACACUUAGGUCACACUACACAUGCAUGUACAAGCAUAUAUAUACUAACCUCUCUGGGUUUUCUUCUAUUUUCUUCCUAGUUCUUGUUCUUGAUUAUUUCUGCUUAUCUCCAUGGGGAAGUGGAACAGAAUUCUUCCUCUGUAAGUUAUGCAUGUCAUAAAAGGCGACUAAAUGCCUGGAGCAAUGGGCUAGUAACCCCUUCUCCUGUAUAAAUUACUAAAAACAAGGAAAAGAAAAACUUUGUAAGUAGUGCGGAUGAUAAGAAAGAAGUGAUUGCUAAUGUUAUGAAUGAAAAGAAGUUGGAUGUCUUAGUCCUAAGCAAAACAAAGCUGAAGGGGGUAGGUGAGUUUCAGUGAGAAGAAAUAAAUGGCAUUAAUUUGAAGAGGGGUUGUUGAGAUGGUUUGGACAUGUAAAAUAGAAUGACUUCAAGAGUGCAUAAAUCUGUAGUGGAGGUAAGGCAGGGUAGGGGUCGGCCUAAGAAAGGUUGGAGUUUUUGUUUACGAGGGGCUUGGACUUCCAGCAAGCUUGCUUGAGCGUGUUAGAUAGGAGCGAAUAGAGACAGAUGGUUUUUAGGACUUUACGUGCUGUUGGAGUGUAAGUAAGGUAACAUUUAUAAAGGGAUUCAGGGAAACCAGCAGGCCGGACUUGAUUCCUGGAGAUGGGAAGUACAGUGCUGGCACUCUGAAGGAAGGGUGUUAAUGUUGCAGUUUAAUAACUGUAGUGUAAGUAUGCCUCUGGCAAGAAGGUGACGGAGUGAGUGAUAAUGAAAGUUUUUCUUUUUCAGGCCACCCUGCCUUGGUGGGAGACAGCCGAUGUGUUAAUAAUAAUAAAAACAAUAAAAAGAUUUUUGUGGCAUUUAUGGAUUUGGAAAAGGCGUAUGACAGGGUGGAUAGGGGGGCGAUGUUGCAAAUGUAUGGAAUAGGAGGUAGGUUAUUGAAAGCAGUGAAAAGCUUCUACGAGGAUAGUGAGGCUCAGAUUAGAGUGUGUAGGAGAGAGGGAGAUUAUUUCCCAGUAAAAGUAGACCUUAGACAAGGAUGUGUGAUGUCACCAUGGUUGUUCAAUAUAUUUAUAGAUGGGGUUGUAAGAGAAGUGAAUGCUUGGGUGUUGGCAAGAGGUUUGGGGGUUAAAAGAUAAAGAAUCUAACACAAAAUGGGAGUUGUCACAGUUGCUCUUUGCUGAUGACACUAUGCUUAUGGAAGAUUCUGAAGAGAAGUUGCAGAGGUUGGUGGAUGAGUUUGGUAGGGUAUGUAAAAGAAGAAAAUUGACAGUGAAUAUAGGAAAGAGUAAGGUGAUGAGGAUAACAAAAAAAUUAGGUAAUGAAAGAUUGGAUAUCAGGUUGGAGGGAGAGAGUAUGGAGGAGGUGAAUGUAUUCAGAUAUUUAGGAGUGGACGUGUUAGCAGAUGGAUCUAUGAAAGAUGAGGUGAAUCAUAGAAUUGAUGAGGGGAAAAAGGUGAGUUGUGCACUGAGGAAUCUGUGGGGACAAAGAACUUUGUCCAUGGAAGCAAAGAGGGAAAUGCGUGAGAGUACAGUGGUACCCUGACUUAAGAGUGCCCGAACUUACGAGUUUUCCGAGUUAUGAGCGUUUGCUCAGUCAAUUUUUUGCUUUGGGUUGCGAGCCAAAAUCCGAGUUAAGGGCAAAAAGAAAAUAUUUACUGAAAAUGACAUUUGGCAAGAACCCCAGCCUAAAUGGCACAACAAAAGGUGGUUUUGGGACUUGGUACUUAUUAAACAAUGCUAUUGCAAUGUUCAUACUGGAGUUAAUCAUGUAAUUACCUUUAGUUAUUCUACAAAAAAAUAAAGUUGCUAAGGUUUUGACAUUUGCAAAAUAUCUUGCCCUUUACCCCCACACAAAUCCCAAAAUACAGUGGAACCCAGGAUUUCGGCCGUAAUCCGUUCCAGAAGGUCGGCCUAAAUCCAAAAAGGCCGAAAACCAAAGUAAUGUUUGGAGGGAUAUGUUGUGUGUCUUUAUAUGUGUAUGCUUCUGGACUGUUGUAUUCUGAGCACCUCUGCAAAAACAGUGAUAAUGUGCGAGUGUGGUGAAAGUGUUGAAUGAUGAAAGUAUUUUCUUUUUGGGGAUUUUCUUUCUUUUUUU